AUGGUCUCAUCUGGAAAGAGAUUGACGGAUCUGAGCGGACGCUCUCAAUGUCUUGAUGCUGGUCCCACAGUGAAGCCCUCAGUGUCUCUGCUGCCGCCCUCUUCUCUGCAGAUCUCUGGAGACUCAGCCGCACUGCUCUGCCUGCUCAGCUCUUACUCUCCACAGGGGGCGCUGGUGAGCUGGACACUGGACGGGUCAGAGGUCACUGAGGGGGUCGUGACCAGCGCAGAGAGCCAGCGGGACGGCCGCUACAGCCGCAGUAGCGUCCUGACCCUCAGCAAAGCACGCUGGGAAAAGGGAGAGGUGUACGUCUGCAGAAUUGUAUCACUGUGGUACACAUUCGGUGGAGGAACUAAACUGGUGCUCGCUGGUCCCACAGUGAAGCCCUCAGUGUCUCUGCUGCCGCCCUCUUCUCUGCAGAUCUCUGGAGACUCAGCCGCACUGCUCUGCCUGCUCAGCUCUUACUCUCCACAGGGGGCGCUGGUGAGCUGGACACUGGACGGGUCAGAGGUCACCGAGGGGGUCGUGACCAGCGCAGAGAGCCAGCGGGACGGCCGCUACAGCCGCAGUAGCGUCCUGACCCUCAGCAAAGCACGCUGGGAAAAGGGAGAGGUGUACGUCUGCAGAGUAACACAUGAUGGAGCUCCUCAUGAGGUCUCGUUCCACAAGAGCUCUGAGUGCUGAUGUUUCUCUCCUGAAGAUGAGCCGUAUCUGAGUGUCCUGUGUCAGGCAGGAUUCACAUGAGUCUAGUGCUGCAGCUGUAGUGAUUUACAACUCAAUACUGAAAGAGAGCUGGCGUGUCAAAGCACUGUGUGAUCUUUCAAUCUGCUGUAACAUUCAAUAAAGCUUCUCAACAAGUUCA